UUGGUCAACUUAAUAACUAAAUUAAUUUCUAGACGUGCAAAGUCAAACAUAGUAAUAUAGUGUUGGAAAAAAAUGUGGAAGACGGCUUUCUUUAAAUAAUUGGUUUAGUAAGCAGACAAUGUCUCUUUAAGACAAAAACAAAACAAGCUUCUCUCCUAUUCUUCCAAAGGUUCCAACUUCAUACAUCAAUCAUCUCCACACCACCAUGAGCCACCAGAACCACCACAAGUCGCCAAGCUAUACCACCGACCCUAACACCAUGUUCGUUCAAGCAGAUCCCUCAAAUUUCCGCAACAUCGUCCAAAAACUCACCGGACCACCACCGGAACUCUCCGUCGUCUCCGCGGCACAGCAGAAGCUUCCUCUGACUCCAAAGAAACCAGCCUUCAAGCUCCAUGAACGCCGUCAAACAUCCAAGAAAAUGGAGCUGAAGAUCAACAACAUCAUAGAUGACUCUUGCAGCCAUUUCCACCGAGGCUUCCUCGUCUCUCCCGUCUCUCACCUCGACCCAUUCUGGACGCGCGUGAGCCCACAUUCAGCUCGUGAACAUCCCCACGCGCCGCUUGACAAAGAAGAGCAAAAGGCCAUAGCCGAGAAAGGGUUCUACUUCCUUCCGAGUCCGAGAAGCGAGGGCGAGCCAGCACCGGAGCUUUUGCCUUUGUUUCCUCUACGUUCUCCUAACGGUACUAAUCAAGGGACUAAAGAUGAUUAUCAAGACUCUUAGAGCUCUUAAUUUCAAUAUUUGGUUGUUUUGUUAGAGCUGAUAUGACUUGGUUUCUAUUAUCCUUCAUUAACUUUUUUUUGAAGGGUCAACUAUUCCGCGUGUACUCCACUUCCAUUAGAUUAUAAUCUUUAAGUACUUUUAUUUAUAGUUCUUUAUACGCGUGAUCAAUUACUUUACAAUUAGUCAAGGAAGACAUCAUUUCGCAAGUACUACGUGGAUUCAUAAACAAACUCACGUAGUUUUGAAAACUUAACUACAAUUAGUUAACAUUAUUUACUGUCAAAAACAUUCGUUAUAUCUUAAAAACAAGUCGAUGCAUGCGUGUAUGAGGUAAAUGAAUAGAUAGCAACCAGGACGUGUUAGUUUGGUGGUGAACGGCUUGCAGCUGCAGGUACGACCCCGGGUUCGAUUCGUAUUGGCCAUCGUGACUUUCA